GGAGAUGGUAAAGCAUAGUGCACCCCAAUGGGAAAUAAGUCUAGGAAACCAGUGUGCUUCUUUAUUGGAAGAACUCAAGUGCAAAACAAUACAGCUGCGCCAGAACUACAGCCAUGACAGCGAGGCAGCAGUUAAUCGCAUCAUCAACCUCAAAAUGUACUCAUCUUAUAACUACCUGUCCAUGUUCUACUAUUUUGAUCGUGAUGAUGUAGCACUUCACCAUGUGGCUGAGUUCUUCAAGGAGCAGAGUCACGAGGAAAAGGAACUUGCUGAGAAAUUCAUAAAAUACCAGAACAAGCGUGGUGGACGUGUCGUUCUACAGGACAUCAAGAAACCAGAACGAGAUGAAUGGGGAAACCCAUUGGAUGCCAUGCAAGCAGCUCUGGCCUUGGAGAAGACUGUUAACCAGGCUGUAUUGGAACUGCAUAAUGUGGCAACAGAUCGUAAAGACCCCCAUCUCUGUGACUUUCUGGAGUCUGAGCAUCUGAGAGAACACGUGGAGCACAUCAAGAAGAUAGGACACCAUAUUACCAACUUGAGGCGCCUGGGGCUCCCCAAUAAUGGCAUGGGUGAAUACCUAUUUGACAAGCAUAGUAUGGAGGAAAGCAGCUGAAGCCAGCACAUCAGUGUGAACCCAGGAACAUCGGGAAAGUUAGUUCACGAAUAUCAUGUUAUCUGGCUGAUCUGCUAUGACCAUAUGAUUGCAAUGAUAUAGUAAAGGUUGCUGUGUCACUAUACGAGUUGCAUCAGUAUGUCUAUGCGUGGUUUUUUUAAACAUUAUUUUCAUGUUCGUUUCAAUUUGUACAUUGGCUUCAUCAGAUUUCAGCCACUUUAAAAGUUAUCUGCUGCAUGGUUACAAAGUUGCCCUCACGUGGGACUAAAUGGGAAGUGUUUUUGACUUUACAUGAAAUGCUUUAGGCUACUUUCACACUUGCGGCAGAGUGAUCCGGCAAGCAGUUCCGUCGUAAGCAGAGUG